AAAAGAAAAAAAAACGCCAGCUGUCAAGUGUCAAACGGGGAGUGUUUUUGCUUUCCCCAAAAAAUUGUGCUUUCCGCGUCGAAAAACGGUCCGUUCCGAUCGUCCUUUGCCGUCCCCGUGGCACGGAUGUCCUUCCGGUUGGAGUGCGCCGCGUGACGAACAUAUUGGCGGAUGCGUUUGCGUGCGUGAGUGAGUGGCAGGUCUUUUUUUUACGAGCUGAUUGAACGACGACACGAACGACGGAGCCAGAGAAGAAGCAGCAAGAAGAGGAGGGGGGACGAAGACGACGACGAACACCUACGGCAGCAGCAGCUAAUCAUCGCGGGUCGCGGGUUCCGGAGGAGCAGGUUUUUGCGCUGUUUGCGGAGAGGAUAACGGAACGUAGCGAAUGCCUCAGCCGGAGCGGGACAGCGAGGGCAACAACAAAACGAUGACGAUGAAUGACGAUGGCAGCGAUUCGUCCGGGAGUGGUGGCGGAGGCGGCGGCGGGGCCGGAACUGGAAUGACGAUGGCCAAUAAUAAUUCACUGCUGGGUAUGACGACGGCAGCGGGGGGAGGAGGAGGAGGAGCGACCAACACGACGACAACAUCCGCGGCAAACGGGUUGAACGGAGGAGGAAACGGCGGUGGCCCUGCGGGACUCGGACCAAACAAUAACAACAACAACGGACGGCCAGUCAGUAACAUCAGCAACACGAGCAGCGGCGGUUCCCAGUCGCGGUUUAUCGUGCCCAAGUCGAGUGAAAUUGAAACGCUGGAACAGCUGAAGGAUGCUGCGCCGGGACCGGAACGGGAGGAACUUUUCGUCCAGAAGCUGCGCCAGUGCUGCGUGCUGUUUGACUUUUCCGAGCCGCUCAACGACCUCAAGUACAAGGAAAUCAAACGGUGCGCCCUGCAGGAGAUGGUCGAGUACGUGAGCAGCCAGCAGCAGAUCAUCACCGAGCAGAUCUACCCGGAGGCGGUGCAGAUGUUUGCCGUGAAUCUGUUCCGGACGCUGCCGCCGUCGUCCAACCCGAACGGGGCCGAGUUCGACCCGGAGGAGGACGAACCGACGCUGGAAGCUAGCUGGCCACAUUUGCAGUUCGUGUACGAGCUGUUUUUAAGGUUUCUUGAAUCGCCCGACUUCCAGCCGAGUGUGGCCAAGCGGUACAUCGACCAGGGCUUCAUCCUGAACCUGCUGGAGCUGUUCGACUCGGAGGACCCACGCGAGCGGGACUUUUUGAAGACGGUGCUGCACCGGGUGUACGGUAAGUUCCUCGGGCUGCGUGCCUUCAUCCGGAAGCAGAUCAACAACAUUUUCUACAAGUUUAUCUACGAGACGGAGCACCACAACGGAAUUGCCGAGCUGCUGGAGAUUCUGGGCAGUAUUAUCAACGGUUUCGCUCUCCCUUUGAAGGAGGAGCACAAGCAGUUUUUGCUGAAGGUGCUGCUGCCGCUGCACAAGGUCAAGAGUCUGUCCGUGUACCAUCCGCAGCUGGCGUACUGCGUGGUGCAGUUCCUCGAGAAGGACCCGGCGUUGACGCAACCGGUCAUCAAGUGUCUGCUCAAGUUCUGGCCCAAAACGCACAGCCCCAAGGAGGUGAUGUUUCUGAACGAACUCGAGGAGAUCCUGGACGUGAUCGAGCCGGCCGAAUUCCAGAAGGUGAUGGAACCGCUGUUCCGACAGAUUGCCAAGUGCGUCUCGAGUCCGCACUUCCAGGUGGCCGAGCGGGCGCUGUACUACUGGAACAACGAGUACAUCAUGUCGUUGAUAUCGGAAAACUCCAAGGUCAUUCUGCCGAUCAUGUUCCCGGCGCUCAACACCAACUCCAAACAGCACUGGAACAAAACGAUCCACGGGCUAAUCUACAACGCGAUCAAGCUGUUCAUGGAGAUGAACCAGAAGCUGUUUGACGAGUGUCACAAAAAGUACAAGGCCGAGCAGCAGAACGAGCGGGAAAAGCUGAACCGACGGGAGGAACUGUGGCAGCAGGUCGAGAGCCUGGCCCGGCAACAUCCGACCUACGAGAAGCUCGUUGACGGAACGACCGGUGAGCUGGUUCUCGCCGGAACCGGACGGAAGACAUAAUCUGUGUCGUCGUUUUGUUUUUCUUUUUUUUUUCUGGUAAAACUUUACACUUUUCAGUUCUAUUUAGCAAGUACCUUUUUUAAGCCGAAGCAGGAAAGCACCGUAAGCAAGAGAUGUUUUAACGCACUUGAGAGAGACAGACAGACAGACAGAGAGAGAUAUCAUGCAGAAUCAAAUAAAACAAAAAAGAAAAAGGACAAAAACAAAACAAAUCUACUAACGUAGCCGGGGAAAAAGCAUUAUAAUAUAAAGAGGAGACACAAAAAAACCCAUUGUUAAACACUUUACUCUCUCAUUUUAGGAGAAACAAACUAUUUGCAAAAAAAAAAAAAAAACAAUAGGUGAAAAGUGACAAAUGCUUUACAUACAAAUGCUGAAAGAGGAGAAUCCUACAAGUAGAAGCACAACAGAACCGGGGGUCGUGUGUGUGGGUGGGAAGGAAACAUUUAUAGUUUUACACCUGCUGCAUGAAAUGCCUUCCCUUAUUUUUUCCCGCAAGCACCCACACGAGCACUAAACAUUACUUUCGUGUUUAUUUUCCCUUUUUUAUAUAAUAUUACACGUAAGAAAGAGAGGAAGUUUUUUUUUCUAUUUUACUCGACGAGACUCUGUUGUAGGAUGUGUGUAGACUCAUUAUGUUUAGUGAUGAUUAUCGAUAAAGAAGAUACGUGACACAAGUGAAAAAAAAAAAACAAAAAGAAAGAUUAUAUUAUUAUAUACUAUCUCUGCCUGAGAGGUAGGUAACACACACACACACAAACACUCUAAAUUCCUAUCUAUACACUUUUUAGGACAAACAACAAACACUACCUGUACUAACCCUCUUUACUUAAAAUUACACACUAACACUCAAAACAAAACACUUUCGCUGAAGAAUCAGCGCAAAAAUUUGAAUUUCACACAACGCAAAAUGUGGAACAAUAAUGCACUAAAAGUGAGAGCAAUGGUAAAUCAUCUAGAAUGGUCUAAAGAGAUAGAAGAAGAAAAAAAUGAACAGCUACACAAAUACAAAACAAAAACAAACAAAAAAAAAUCAAGUCACUGUUACUUUCGUCUUGCAAAAAGAGAAUAAAUACUACACAAAAAAAAAGAUUAUAUUAAUUGCUAUUAUCAUUAUUGUUUAGUGAACAAGUGUGAAAGUGGACGAGAGACUAAACAGCAAAGAGAGAGAUGGAAAUAUCAAGUCUAGGAGAGUCUCUGGCGUGCGGCACAAUCGCCGCCGCGGACCCCGAGAAGUUUGUGCAUCAAAGGGAAAGGGGAGCCGAACGAAAAAAAAAAAUCAAA